CGCUUUUAAACAAGUGACUAAUUUUUUAAUGAUGUGGAAACGAAUGAUCAACUAAAAAAUUAAAUUUUCUUCGAUUUUACAUUUUAAAAUAUAGUCAUGAAAACGUUUAAACGGACUGCGGCCGAUAAUAAUAAUAAUUUCCUAAACAACACUAACAGUAGCAGUAACAAUUUCGCUUAUAACAUCAACCACAAAUCUACCAUCUUAUUGAAACUUCUUGACGGGUUAGGUAAGCCAACGAAGAGAGGAGUUAGGCAGUGUCCUAAGUGUGGCUACGUGAAUGGCCUGCGAGGAUUUCAGUGUAAGAAUAAGAGUUGUGCAUUCAGGUUCAAAAAUGAGCUAGUCGUACCAGCUGAGAAUGAUAAAUCUCUCUUUGAUGUGGAUAAAUUUUUAGAUACUGAGUAUUUCAAGAAAACUUACAAAAUUGUGAAGUUAGUAUCUUCUGAUAGAUUUUAUUCUGUCCAAAGACUGGUGACGGAUGAAUGUGAAUUUAGAAAAGAGGAUUGGGGCUUUGUGUAUUUGCCAUUUUCUGAACAUCCUCGUAAUAGAAAACCCAUUGAUGAUAUUGUUUUGGAAGAUUUUGAAAAUUUCCAAAAGAUGGCAAAUUGCAGCAUGACAAGCUGUGAGAACUUUUCAAAAGAUUCAAGAACAUCACUCUACAAGAAGCAUAAAAUCAGAAGAAGCAAUGAUGAAGACAUGAGCCAACCAAAAUGUGAGCAUAUCAAAGCAGCCUACCUCUCGGCUCACACAGGCACCAUCUUCCCCAUCAACCGAAAUGUUUUGGACACUGUGUAUCUACCCAUGGAGACAAAAAUCCAACUCACUAAACUACUUGUCAACCAGUCAGACUUAAAUGUCAUUGUCCAAAGAGUUUCUGAUCAUGUUUUUGUGGUCAGGAUAAAUUCAGAUUUUUUGCACCCACUGGGAUUUUCCCAUGUUCAUGUGACAGGUAUCUCUGGGGAAAGUGAAAGUGAAACUCUAAUUGGAAGUAAUGAUUUAAAAAAGAAUUUUUCAUUAAAGUGCUGGUGUGGUCUUAGUUUGGAUCUGGAUUUUUUUAAGGACUCCACCUACCAGCCCUGUACAUUUUUAUUUGCCUGCCUGCUGGCUCUUAGCUCGUCCUCCAUUUAUAACAGCCUUUCGUUCCCCCUUUUGUCUGAAAUGGAUGAAUAUUAUAAUCAAGUGAACAUGGUUCAGGAGUCCAUGUUCAAUGUUGACCCAAUUAAUUCUCAGUCACCAGCCAAUGGCAACGAAGAGGAUGAUGACCCAAUUACGAGAUCUGAAGAUGUUUUAGAAUAUUUAAAAAGUUUACCAAAGAAUGAUGAAGAUAAAGCCGGAACUUCACAAGCAAAAGAAUCCUUUCAGCUUCAAGAUGUUAACAACAGCAACAACAAUAACAAUAAUAUUAAUGCAAUCAAUAAUAAAAAUAACAAAAAUAAUACUGACAUUAUUAAUAAGACAGUUAUAAGUAGUGGCAACAAUUUUAAACCAAGUUUAACCAUUGUCAAACGCAUCAGCAACAAAGGCAAUGACAUCAGCGGCAAUAACGCUAAUAACAUUGUCAAUAACAAUAUUAGUGACAUCAAUAACAGCAGUAUUGGUGCUGUUAACAGCGUUAAUAGUAACAUUUUUAAUAAUAGUAACAUUAACACUACUGGCUUGAAUAAUAACAACAAGCUGGCUAAUGUCAUUCACAUCAAAUGUAAACCCAGGCCACUGCACCUCCUAACCCCGCAGAACUUUUUCGACGUCGUACACGAACGUAUUUCCCAUUUUCACGGACUGAAGAAGAAACGACUUCCGGAUUCGAUACUAACCGUUUCUCGGUAUCCGCCAACCGACACAGAUCCGCCGUUCGGUCAAUUUUUGCAAUAUAUGUGGAACCUUAAGGACCCUAAACAUGUCCAGUAUAUCUUUUCUACCUCAACGAAUAAAUUCGAUCUAUCUCAGUUAUUCAUCGAAAACAAGGACGGUACCUACAGCAAAUACGAGCCGCAGAUACCGACAACCGAUUCGAAUAAUCCUCUCACCAACUCUAAACCGAUCAUUCGACCACUGCACUUGAAGACUCAGCUAGAGAUCGGUUUUAACAAAGAUUAUAAAUUGUCGAAACCGUUUAUAAUCGAGUGGAUGCCGGAUUUUUAUCCGAAAUCGAAAGUCGGUCGGUUGGUGUUGAAAUACGAGUUCAGUCACUACAACUGCGCAAGACCCGAUGAGACUAUUGAAAUGUGUUGAAUUCGUAGUUUUGAUUGUUAUUGACUGAAUGAUAAUCAUUCUUUUUUUUUAAUAUGGAUAGAUUGAUAAUGAAUCAAUUAAUAAUGAUUUAAUGACCUAUUUGCUGGUUGUUCUCGAUUGAUUGAUUAGUUGAUUGAUUGAUGAUUGAAACAUUGUUAUCUCUUGACUGCUGCCAUCAUUUAUUUUUAGUUGGCUAGUGAUUGUUAGACAAUGUCCAUUUCUUUGUAAGACUCAACGUUUUUUUCAUUCGUUUCAAUGUUUAUUCGAUACAGUUUUCUAAUAAAAUUAC